UCUUAGUAGGAUGCAUUUAGAAAUAUGGGUACUGUCGAUAAUCACCAAUGGUACGUCUGCUACAGUUUCCAGAUUUCGCCAAAAAAAUUAUUAGGUAUCCCACCAAAUUUGUGUGGUGUUGCCAGUGGUUUUAGUCAUGCGUGAAAAUACAACAGCUCUUUCUGGAGCCUCCAUGACUGUUCUCCGUUGUGCCUGAUGCCCGAGUUCUCACAGAUUGCGGCACAAAGAGAUUAAGUUUCACGGCCAUCGUGGCUCUGUUUUGUAUAAAUAAUUAAAUUAAAAUACAAAUGUAAAAGUCUCAAAGUUUCUCAUGAACUAAGCCCUAGCCUCACUUGUUACCAACUCCUACACAUGCAAUUUUUGGCUGUACCAACAUUUGACACCUUUAUAUAAUUCGGAUUAAAAACUAUGUAACUUUCAAGCAAGACCUAGAUGAUUUAAGAAAUAAUAAAAAUGAAGGUAGCGAAAAUAAUUGAAACUUAAAUCAAAUUAAUUUUUCAUUUUCGGAUCAACGCCCACUGUUCGCAGGCGGCCACAGAUAUCGCCACUGAAAAAAAGUGCCAAAGCUCAAGAACAUUUUGAGGUAGUAUAAUCGAUAUAAGGUAAAAGUUGCUUGUGCAACCUUACUAUUGGUGGCUGGCCAAAUGUCGCGGAAAAAACGAUGAAUAAGGUUCACAAACGUCGUUUGUAGCUGGAACUUGCGAGCUAGGAAUUUCUGAGAAAACUGUAUGGUAGAUAAAUUUGACUCGUGUCACUUAUAAUUACUGAAUGUUGUAACACCGAAAAGAAAAAAAAGUCUAUUUGAAUUUUGCGAUAGCACGCAAGAUGAAUUGAAAUGUUAUGAUUUCGCAAAUAAACUGAUAUUCUCCGAUGAAACAACUUUUUAUUCAUAAGGACGAGAAUACUAUGUACUAUGUAGGGUAAUAUAGUUCGCUAUAAAACUGUGAAGUAAGAAAGAUAUUCAGGGAUCAUGAGUUUAUUUGCAUUGCCACUAAGAAAAUAGUAUGUACCAAUAUUUUUCCCAGCUAAAAAAACAACAAAACGUCGCAAUUAGGUGAAAAUGAUGCAAUUGUGGUUAGGUAUUUCCAACUGAGUGAGGAUCGUAUCAAUACUGUGAUUCAAAAUGAUGAGGACCCACCCAUUGGGCUUUGGAUUCGACAUUGUGAACUGAAGUAUGCCAUUGCCUCUGUGAGGCACACGACAUUCUCCGGCUGCCAUAUUAUUAUUAUAUUUUUCUUGACAUCUACUGUUCUAAAAAUCACUUCUUGUUAUUCAUUGUAAUUUUGUUUAGUUGUAUCAAGCUCUAGUUCAUGAAUCACAUUGCUGAGAAACCACAAUGAACUUAAAGAACGCAUUAAUGCAACAUUACGAACAGUUACCAGUAGAACAUUACAAAAUAGGUGGAACAAACUCGAUCACAGAUUACAUAAUUGUUUCAUUAUGAAAGGUUCACAAAUCGAACAUCUGUAACUUUUAAUAAUCAAUGGGGAAUGGUUUUUUAACAGUCACUAAAAAAAACAUGACCCGUUUUCCUUAUUUUCCAUAUUUACUUAUUAUAGUAUGUGUAAUGGUAGUUACUGUUACUUAUAUUAUAUGUAAUGGUUUUGAAAACAUAUUUUUUUUUUUUAAAUCUGGUCUUUCGGUUAUGCUAACCAUGCGUUGAGGCUUUAUAAAAAAAAUUUUUUUACUGAUCAGGACCGACAUUAAGUUAUUUGUACGAUACAAGUAGCCAAUGCCGAAAAAAUAUAAAAUAUGACUACCGACUGCGGUAGAGUGCUUCGUAGGCGGCACUAGCAUGUUACAGCUCACCAAAAAAUGCAGUAUGUGGAUGUACUGAUUAUAUAAAUACUUAGUUAAGCCGAACCUAAUGCAAAAACACUCGAGAGAUAAAUAAUUUUGAAGUUAUUUUGAUUAACUUCUCUUUAACCAUUUUAUGAUCGACUAAUUUAAAAAUAAUCCCAGCUAAGUAGCAACUUAUCUUAGAAAGUGAGGCCUUAUAAAUAGUUUUAUUAAUUUAUAGACUUCAUAACCGCGAGAUUAGUUGAUUUUCACUUCUUGGAUAUUAUCAAAUAUAUUUUUUCUCAAUUUCAAUGCUUAUUUUUUUCAUAGUGUAAAAAGCAGACAAUCUUUAGUGUCUACUAUAUUGAGUUUGCAUGCGUCUAGCAAAUAACACUUCAAUUAUCGAUAGUUAUAAUUAUUACUACAUUUUUUCUGGUGGUCCAGAGAAUAUUUUAUUUCGAAACAUAAGUAGAUACAGAAGAAAACAUAAAAAUAUUCUAAUAAUUAAAUACUUUCCCAUAAAGCAUAAUUAGAACAUUAAGAUAAGACUAGCGAGAACACACAUUCUCAUAUUUCCAGUUGAUGACAUGACAUGAAAGUUUAAGAAAUAUGAAGUGAAAGAUUAUUUAAUAUUUAUUAAGUUCCAUGCUCUAGUUUUUCCGUUGAAAAUGUUUUUAGGCUUAGGUCUGUGACGUUCCGAUAGGUUUAAGUUUGAAAACUUCUAAAGAUGUGUAAUCAUUAUUUACUAUUGCUGCUAAUAUGCACUACAGAAUAAACUUGGAUAGAAAAAUUAUCUUCAAUUGAGCUAUUUCUACCUCCCUUCCUUUACUCAACAAACAAAAAAUUUUUGUCUCGCUGAACACUGUAAAAAUUACUAAGAAGCAAUAGUCGGCUAAAAAUAAUGAAAUCAUUAAGGUAGCCUAUACUAAAAAAAUAUCAGAAAUAUACAUAUGUCUGGGGGAUUCUCUUGUAAAAACAGCAACUGAAUGAUUUUUAAUUUAAAUGAAAAAUUAAAUGUAACUGGGUAAUAAUUUUAUUAUACAAAUAGGAGUAUUUUGCCAAGUACAUGAGAAUUGAGUAUCCAGCAUAUGUAUGUUUAUUUUCUGCCGGAGCAAACAUAUUGGAAAAAAUAAAAUAUACAAGUAAGAGUUGAAAGCUCGGCUCCUGAAAUUCCACUCGAGAAGAUUUCAUUCGUGUACAUGGUCAUUCUCUGCCAGUUCAGGUAGCUGAACAAGCCUAAUCCCCGAAGGGUGGGGGAGAGGGAUUUUCCGAGCAGACAAGCGGUGUAUAUAAGGCCCUGGAAAACCAUUGUCGAGACAAAAUGGAAACACUGACAGGUCACCGGGCAGGUUGUGUGACAUACGUCCACGAGAACUACGAAUACGUCAAAGAUAAAAAUGUUAGGGACAUUUCGUAUUUGCGCUGCAAAGAUAAAGGGUGUAAAUCGCGAAUUGUGUGGAAUGGUUUUGAAAUCAUCUCUAACGUCAAUACACAUAAUCACGAUCCAGAUUUAAAAGAAAUAGAAGUGUUGCGGUUAAAGCAGGCUCUUCGAGAACGUGGAGCAUCGAUGACGUCACGCAUUAGCUACAGAGAAGCAUAUGAUGAAGAAUGUUUUAGGUGAGUACUAUUUCAUUGUGUAAUUUAUUUGGCUGCUAUAUUUACAAAGAGUGACUGAUUAGUUCAUAUUCCUGUACGUUUGAACAUUUAUAGCUACUCAAUUUACUAGUCAUACUAUGUAUGCAAAGGAUAUAAUGCUUUUUCUUCUUAUUGAAACCAUUUUACUGUGUAUUUAUGUUAUUCAUGUUAACUUAAAAUAGCUCGCUUUAUCUUAACUAGAACUUCCAGUUGGAAUUACUUUAUUCUAUGAGCACGAUGUAGGCCCUACCUACUUCGAGCCCAUUAUAGUAUUUAAGGAAAAUGUUUCAAAGUGCACCUACUAAUCAAUUUUAGAUAGGAAACCUUCUAUAUUUAGUUGAAUUGUAUUUGUGAUUUUGUUGUUAAUAUCAUCACAUUACCGUAUUUCAAUACAUUCACUUAUCGUACUUAUUUCAUCUACGAAACUCACUGAAUUGUCGGAGUGAUACGUAAACAUAUAUAACGAAAGCGCAUGGGUGUUAUGGGCUAAUGUUUAAAUUAAACUUAUGAAGUAAAAAAAUUCCAAGCAGUUAGCCAUUAUAAUGUACCUUAAAGAAUCAUUAUAAUUUCCAUAAAAAUCAUAAUUUCAAACUAUAUAGUUACGUAUUUUACGUUUGAGAUAUUUGAAGUUAUUUGUAUUCAGUAAAGAUAUCACUUUAUUCUAGCACAUUGCAGUAUUAUUGAGCAUGUGUCACAAUUAAAUACUGAAAGCAUGUAAAUUGAAACCUUCUAAAUUACAAAUGAGAAAAAGGUAUGUAAUACUUUCCCACAAGCCAUAGUCAUGCAAGAGCAUUUAACAGGUAUUUUAUUAUUUUGUCAAGCAAAUAUCUCUAGCUUUGCAGAUAAUAUUCAUAGUUUAAUAUUUCCAUCGCCAGUUUUACUGCCUUAUUUGCCUAUCGGCUACUAUAAGCAUUGCGUUAACAAGACGUUCUUAAAUGUUGUUUAUUGCUACGACUAAAACACAAUUUGAAACAAUGAAUGUUGUAUAUGUGCUUUUAUUGUAUUCGUGUUUUUUGAUAAUAAUUUUAUAAAUUAACUUAUGUUACUUGCAUAGAACUCAGUAUUUAAGGCAUAAACUAUGUUUCCGAAUCGUAUUAUUUCCAGAGAGUGUUAGAUAGAAAAUUACUGUCAGAGGUUUUUAACCAGUAAUAAUUUUUUGUGUUUAUGUUUUUAUUGCUGAAAGCAGGAACUGCAUUUUUAGGAAGACAUAAAAUUCUUAGUUUUAUAUUCAAAAUGUUUGAAUUUGUUAAUAACACUCGAUAAUAUAAUGAGGCUUUAUCUUUCACCAAUGAAAAAGAAAUAAUUUUUUUAAUGUACUGGUACUCUCAAACACGAUUUCAUCUAUUUAGAUUAAAUUCACAAAAACUUUGUUAUCGGUAGACGAUAAAUUAAUCAACUUGGUUCUCAACUACCGGAAGAAAUUUAAAAUUAACAUUUUUCUAAAUAAUAAAACGUAAUUUCAGCAGUAAAUGAAUAGUGCACAAUAUUCGUCUAUGAGUAUCACGUGAGCUUAAAGCGGCAGUCACAAUUCCACGACAAACACGACACGAAAAAUCAGAUUAAGCGUCGAACCUACAGCGUUCCAGCACGACAGUUACUAUCAUAGGGUCAGAAUACUACGACAGCAUUAGCACGAUAAACUCUAAUAUGGUAAUCGUAAAAUAUUUUGAAGUCACAUGCGACCAUAAAAUUCAGCAUAGAUGCGCCUGAAACUGUGUAAACCCUAUUAUUUUCUAGCCUGAACUUUAUCAAUUAAUAGUUAUUCGCUUAAAUAAUCCUUUAUUCAAUUCGAUUUUGAAGAAAUUUUGCAUAAUAACAUUGGUCAUACACAACAAUAUUUCUUUAUAAAGGCGCACUACAAUAAUUGUAAUAAUUGUGAAAAAGUACCUACACGUAAAAUUAAAUUUCAAUUUUCUGCGUAAAGAUUUACCAAGCAGGUAAAUAUUAGUGAUUUUUACUUUUGUUUGAACAUUUUUACUUUCCGUCAUGCGGCAAGACACGACGAAAUUAGAAAAUGAAUCUAAUACUUGCGGGCCGUCGGGGCGCGAAUUUUGAGUUUCAUUGGCUACUGAGCGUGUCGGGCCUGUCGUGUCUUGUCCGUCGUGGCAUUGUGGCUCCAACUUUACUGAAUAAAUGCAACAGUAAACAAAUGUAACACCCUACAGAUGUCAAUAUCAUUAAAAUUCAAAAUUGAGUAUAUAUUAACAAUCAUAUAAAUGAUAUUAUUGCUUUAUUAUAAAACUUAACUUCUUCCGAGUUAAAUCAGUUUCGUGAGCUAUUGGGUUUUUUAAGGGUGCUCCAAUUUUCCUCUCUCAUUCACUCCGCCAAUGCUUUAAUGUCAUCUCAUCUUAUCUAAUGACCCUGGCGUCAACUAACGAAGCCAUAAUUCAUUUGAUUUUCUUUGAAAAAAAUAUUAGAAAGUUUUAUUACCACAAGAACUGCGAGUACCUUUAAAUUUAGUUUACAUAUUGAAUUAUAAGGGCGUAUAUUGUUCGAAGAGAAACAUAUGUACGCACGUAGAGGCAACCCACGUGACCCAAAUACAAACAUCUGAUUGCCGGUAUGGAAACAAAAGGGAGUCUGAUUGAAAUAAGUAGGUGGUCUUUUCUUGUGACAUGUUCUAGGGUGCUAAGAGGGUAGUUUAUUAAAAAUUAAAUUUUUUCUUACACAAUUAAGUAUUUUUGCUUAUUAUUUUAAAUAAAUAACGUCAUAAUAUAACUACCGUUUCUUGAAAAAAAAUUUGUUAAAAUUUCAUUACGUAUUAAUUUAAUAGUUAUAAGAGACUUAAGGAACAUUUUUACUGUCAAUCCUUGCAAGAGUAUGUAAUCGUGCUAAAGUCUAUACAUUUAAAUUAAUCACAUUUUUUGUAGCCUUUGAAAUGUUUUCCUUAAUUUUUUGUAUAUAAUUAAUAAGUCAAGAGAUAUUUCGGUAUGCCCAACCCUGAAAACCUCAUGUUCGAAGGAUUAUAGGGGAAAAUUAUUUUUUUCAUUGAUAAAUGAUAUACACAUAUUUAUAAGUAAUUAAUUAAAUAGACUACAUACAAACUAUAAAAUUAAAACUAUACAUAACACGGUUAAGAACAUACUUUUAGUUCAUGCUUGUGUUUACAUAAACAUUGGCUUUAAAGUUUCAUUAAACCAUUAAGUAAAUAUUUAUUAUGUAUAAGAAUUUUAUAAAAAUAAACGAUAGGCCUCCACAUUGAAAAAACCAUUACCCACGUGUUUAAACAAGCAUUUCAGAGUGUUGCAUCGGCAAUAGCAUAUUAUUAUGUGUGUCACGCCUAAGAAAUUGUGAGCUUAUGCGGGAAUAAUUUUCGUAAAAAUUUUAAAUGUGUCAUUUAUUACGAUUCUCGUGAAGGUGACAACUUAUAGGCGCAAGAAAUAUUUUCAUCUCCAAAGGGUAUGACUGCAGUGGUAGAGAACAGUUAUAGCGUUAUAGGCAAUAGAGAUUAUAGAGUUACUUUAUGGUACCGAAUUCGUUUUCUCCGUCUGGACAACCAAUAACAGGCAAACAUACAAACAGACAUUAGUUUUUAUUAUUGAAAAUAACAAAAACAUUAUUGUGUGUGAUUGGAAUGAAAUUGCGUUGGUAACUAGGUAUUAGCCGUAGUGUAAAUCCACCAAUUUCGGAUAUCUUACCUGCGGAAAUUGCUUAAUAUUUUCAGUAUUAUGAAAAUAAAUAAUAAAACAAAAAUUUUACAUGCUACAUACAUAUGUCGCUUAUCUGGUCAGUAUAAUCUCAUAAUAAUCGUAGGGAUUUUAGAUUUGUUUUAGUCCAUAUUUUUCGUAUUUAUGUCGUUAUUUUAGGGCAAGGAUACUUUACCAGUAUUAAAAAUUUUAUUCACGGUUUCGGAUGAUAAGACUUUAAUUUAUAUGUACACUUAAAUGCCCAAAUUUUCUUACUGUUUUAUUGUAAAAUACAUGGUUCAUGAUAACUACUAAAUACUGUUCAUGGAAUCAAGAAACAGAUACACGUCGAGCAACGUAUUGUAGUACUUAUAAGACUUAAAUUUAAAUUACUUAUUUACUAAAUUAAAAAAAAUUAAAACCUCAGAUAUUCACGUGUCUUUCCACUAUAUACAGAUUACAUUUUUUUACGCUUGAUCGCAAAUGCAAACUACCGAUUAACCCAAAACUAACGUAUAUAUCAGGCGUCUAACAGUCAGCACGCAGGAAAUUAGCUGCCAUGCAGAUGUAGCUCGUAUAAUAUUACGAAACGCGAUGUGUGAAGAAAGGGCUGUUAAGAAAUGACAUAGAAGUCUAAGUUUGGUGCUGGACUAGCACGCAAAAAAUAAUACAUUAUAAACUAUCAGAAAUUAAAUUCCACAAUAUAUGCAGAAAAUAUUGAAAUUUAUUCAUGUUAGUGGCUGGUUGGAACAUGAAAUUGCUCAGGAAAAUAAACUUUCUUGAGCUUUUGCUGAAACACAUCAUUAUUUUCGAAAACGUUUGAACCUUAUCAUAGUAUUCCUUGAAACCAAUUGAAUUAUCUCAAAAAAAAACAUUCUUAGUUCUCUAAACGUUCUCAUUUUUUGUUAUAACUCUAAAAAUCUCAAGGGUCAUGUUAAUAACCGUGUUUCUGAUGAGAGAGGCUUUCGAAAAAAAUAGGUACAUUAAGAACAGAUUAGGUUAAUAAAAAACUACAAUGCGCUUGGCGUCACGUGGAAAAAGGGCUCUCCCUGAGUAAGUUUUCACCGUUCUUCCGAUUUAUUAGUUGGGUAUAAAAAGUGUCGCAGUUCACACAUGCUAACAAAUUAAAUGCAGUACACUGAGUUUUGCAAACUACCCUGAGUUCACUUUAACUCAACACCUUUCUAUACGUAGUUUGUUUUGACAAAAUAAAAAACAAAUCAGUAACUUCAUCAAGGUUACAUGUCAAGUAAAGAAAUGAAAAUCGCCAUGUAGCUAGCUUCCCGCCCUGAGGCAGGGUCUACAAGAAUGAGAUGAGGCUGACACUCAGUGGAGCCGGCUGCCCUACCCGAGGGACAGACCUGUCGUUCCGGCCAGCCUACAUGUCAAGUACCGAUCCCCAAUAAAUGUUUCUUUAUUUAGUUGGCAUCCGUGAAACUUUCGCGCCCUCAUAGUCAUAUUUUAUUACUACAGUCACUAUCAUAAUUCUGGGGGAAUUACUCGCUAUAAUAUAAAAUGUUGUGGUCAAGUAGGCCUACUUGUGUGUUAAAUGCCGAGUUGUAUACCUGCGUGUGCAUUAUACUAUAGACGCACAAAAUAUGGGCAUAAUAUUGUAGGUACAACCGAAUGAAGUAGCGCAAUGGUUAAAUUUUUUCAAUUUUUUUGCUUCAUUUAGCGCAUUCAAGACGUGUACACGUUCUCUUUGCCAUUACAAUCCGAUAAAUACACAAUACAAAAAUUAAACAAAGAAACAUAAAAUUACAUACAAGCAAGAACAAUAAAAACUAUUAAAUUAAUAAUGAAUGGCUAGUUAAUGACAUUUAAGUUUAAUAAUUUAAACCAUAUGAGCUCAUCUAUAUUGCAAAAAAAAAUUAAUUUUUUUUGUAAUAUUUAAAAUCACAAAUUCUUACACACGUUUUUUCACUUCUGCGUUGGUUAAGUGGAAAUUUAUAACUGCGCAGGCAGUUUGGGUUGAGUAUUCUAGUCGAGUUUGCACCAGAGAAUUUAAUGAAUUUGACAUAACAUUGGUCACACACAUGGUUAAUUGAAGUUCAUGAUUUGAUUUUGAUCGAGGCCCACGACUGCGAAUUGAGCUUCAAACAUGUAUAUCUGAUAUAAAUAUUUAGAGAAGAACUUGUCUAAGUAUUUGGUGUAGGUAUAGCAAUUAGUGUGCUUAGUUAUCAUGUAUGGAUUUAGUUGUAACCAAUUCAGUUUUCCAUAGUUAGAUUUGAGUAAUAACGUAAUUAUAGAAUAUAUGAAAAACGAAUGCAAAUAUUUUGAACCUUGCAGCCUUUUUUCAGAUGUUUAUGUCAUUUAGACUACGUGACAAUAAUCGAUCUAAUGUAUAGUGACUGCACAAGUGUGUAGCUUUCACGCACAUGACAAUAAAUUCAUUAAUAAUUAUAUAGUGAACAGAAUUACACGAUUUCAUUACAAACAUCAGUCACAAAAGCCCUCCAGAGAUAUGUUUCCAUACAUCAUAAUCUUACAUCUUUUAACAGAGUUUAAGAAUACAAUAUUCGCAUCUUCUGAAGUGGCCUAUCCAUGAUUACACGCUGUUAUUAUUUAGAGAUGAAGAAGUUAUUGAAAUUAAUUGCUUUUUAUUGAAUUCAAAUACGAUUUUAUAUGACAUCGCACACUCUAACUGCUUCAAAUUUUCUAUUCAGUUUCUAAAUUUCAUGUACGAUGCUGUAUGUACUGGCGACAAUGAGAAGUUGUAAGCAUAAAGUUGUUGGUUUGUAUAAGUUAUUAGAGGCUUGCGAUGUAGUUGAAGGGCACGAAAUGGAAAGGACCUGUGAUAGACCCUUGAGAAUCGAUGGCUUCAAUAGCGUUCCAUGGUGAUCGGCGUUUAUCACGCGUGGCUAUUUACUUUUACUGUGUAAAGGGUUUAAUAGCAAGUAAUUUUCCGAAAUAAAAAUUUGACCAGCGUGAAAUAGUUGUAUAGUAAUGAACCAAUGCAGAAUAAUAAGUGAAAAGCUUAUGUGUUUUGUUUUAUUAUAUGUGUUAUUUUAUCAGAUUUCCGCUGGCAAAAGAAGUAGUAGGAUUCCCAUCGGCAGAAGAGCUGAUGAGGCGUGCACGUAAAAGAAUUGUACCACCCCAACCACAAUCACUACAAGAGUUUGACGAGAUGAUGACGCUUGAUCAGUGGAAAAUUUGGGGGAAGUCUCUAAGUGGUGAACGGUUUUUUCUUAAAACCAUUGUUUCCACCGAUGGUGGGGUGGCCGCUUUAUUUGUCUCACCACAUUUCAAGGAUUUGCUAGGUACAGAAAAUUCUAAUGUUCAGGCUGAUGGCACUUUCAAGUCUGUGCCUCUUCAUCCUAGAAGCGAACAACUAUUUACCCUGCACGUGGUAGAUACUGAAAGGCAUGGAGGACUUCAAAAUCAGAUAUACCCUGCAGCUUACGCACUUAUGACGAGAAGGACAACUGAAGCGUACGAAGCCGUUUUACGAGGUUUAAUCGAAGAAGUGCCAACAUUUAAGCCAGCAACUUUAAUGAGCGACUUCAAACCCGCAUUGCGCUCUGCCUUUCGACGUGUUUUUCCAAAUGUAUCAGUGAAAGGAUGUUGGUUUCACUACGCCCAGGCAAUUUUUCGACGCGCGCAACAACUGGGAAUGGCGAGAACAAUCCGCUCUGAAACUGGAGAAACGGCUUUGAAGAUGCUUAUGGCCUUACCGUUACUACCCACAGACAAAAUUAUAUCUGGAGUACAAACAGUGGAAGAAUAUUUGCUGCAGGAAAACAUGAUGGUUACGUUUCAAAGACUCACACAAUACAUAAGAGAUUUUUGGAUUGGUGUGGUGACGCCAAGUGUUUUGUCUGUAAAUGGCCUCGAGUGGAGGACCAACAAUGCCGUUGAGUCUUUUUACAGAAAGUUGCUUAAAGCUGUAGGUGGGCCCAGACCGGAAUUUUGGCAUUUCAUCACCGCUCUUAGAAAACAAGACAGUUCGUUCCAUACUACAAGGCGAAACGUAGAGAGGCAGGUGGCAGCCCAGAGAACGCGGCGUCGAUCGUAUGUGCGGCAGGACGAAAACAUUCAGCAAAUGCAGGGGGAGCUGUCUGAAGAAUCAAUUUCUAUUAAAAGAUUCCUCCAACGAGCAUCCUGGACUGUGAGUUCGUUAGCAGAACGACUUCUACGAACAUCUUUGGUGGCAGCUGUAAUGGACGAUGAAGUUACAGCUGAAGACGAAUUCCAAGAUGACACACCACCAGAACAUCUUCCUGACAUACUGUUUGAUGGAGAGGUUACCAUCACAGAUGAGACCACAAGCACAUCCAGCUUGGUGGAAGAGAGGACACCAAAUAUUGGAAGAAGAUAUCGGCAUCGUGAACCUCCAUAUCAGAGACCAAGAAACACGAAUGAAGAAGCUGGAAGUUCGUUUGAAUCAAUUUUAGAGGUGUCUCUUCAAGAAAAUGGAAUGGAUCAAGAAGUUUCAGAACGAGUUGAACAACCUUUAUCUGAAGUAACUACAAGGUUGUGCAUGAUUUGCAACAUCGGCGAGCCAACUAACAUCAUUGUCCCUUGUCACCAUCAAGGCUUGUGUGACGAGUGUGUGGCUGAGCUUAGGAGGAGAAUGACUUUACCACCUGAAGAAGACGAACUGGGGGCAUUGAAUAUAGAAUAUUCACUGUGCCCCUACUGCCGUACUCAAAUACACGACUUUUUACGAAUCCACAUUGUGUGAAACUGUAAAUAACGUAAAUUUUUUUUUUUUCGUUUAGAUUUAACCACCAUUCUGUACAUCACUUACCCAAACAUAGUAUAUUUCUUGUAAAGUUCUUAACUGCCGUAAGUGUGUCUUAGGCCAGUUUUUUGAUUGAUACAACGGUAAAUAAUUAAUUUCAAUGGUGUUAAAUUAUGAGAUUAUUAAACAUUAUACAACUUACAAGUUUUAGAAUCAUUAGAAACUUAGGUAUUUGUUUAUAUGAGUUUCAGAAAACGGCACCUUAAGAUAAUAUAAGCUUCUUCUUAAAAUUUGAUUUAUUUAUUGACUUCUACAUUUUGCCGACGAAGAAACCAAACCCAGAAAUUAACAACAAAUAAAAAGCCCAUGGAAAAAUCCCAUCAUUUGACAAGAUUUAUUUCGGAAUUCAAAGUUACGUUACUCCAAAUACGUUCAAAUAUGUUUCAAUUUACCAACGUCACUUGACACGGUACUGUUCUUUUUAUCCCUAGCUGAACGCAGUGAAUGAAUGCAAACCCGAAUUCUGGCAUAACAUAACGAUCUCGACUAAUCGAAAUUAGUCACUGGUGCGCUGAAAAGAAGCCAGUAGUUGAAGUAAGCAUACAUCAAAGAUAUAGUAUGAAUGGAUUAUCAAUAAACAAUUCUGAUAGAAAAAUCUUGGGUUUGUAAUUAUGUUUACUAGCCUUUUAUUUUGUUAGGCGAAUGUUGUUAUAUUGGAAAAUUUUACAUUUAAAAAAACCACAACCCAAAGAUUUAUGACUAAUCGAGGUAACUGUUGCAAAAACAGCGUCUGUGGUAGGAAUGUCACACACACACACAUAUAUAAUAUUAUUUCUCAGGUAAUAAUGUGCGAAGCUUAAUCCAUUAUACCCCUAUAAUCAGCGAGACGCUGAGACACCUUGACCAGCAUCCACAAUAAUAUAUUAUAAGUUUAAAGUGUGAAGAACGACUUCGUUAAAAAACAUCCUUUAGUCUUUUAGGUUAAAAGUGAUACAUGCAGUAUAUUUUUGUAAUAAAAUACUUUUUUAUCAUUUUGCAACAUAAAAAGGUUAAACGAGAAAGGAAUCCAACACAAAAAUUUAUUUUUUUAUUAAAAAAAAAUUUUUUCCGUUUCUUUUCACAUGCAGUUUAUUAACACUUUUUUAGUUAAUUUAAUAUAAAUGGCUGAAUGGGCUGCAAACGAGUCGAAUUUAAAGUUAAAAAAUUUUCAGGGUUGUUCGCGGGCUCGUUACAUUCCCGGGCUUCUGUUAGCACAGUUUUAUGAUUCUAAGUGUCUAUCCCGUCUCGGUCAGGAGAGUUGUCACUCGAUGGGGUGUAUACGCUACUAUUAUUGCAAACUAACAAUUUCCCCCCCCCCUUGUUUUUUUUAACCAAAAUACGUGUCAUUCACAUUCAUAGCUGAUUAUUUUACUUGAAGAAAACUGUAAUUUCACUUUCAAUAUCCAGCAAAUUUUAUUCAUGUAACGUUUACUUAAUGAUAAACGUGCAAACCAAAAAUUGUUACAUAAUCGAAAUGGUGACAAUUUAAUCAUUCAAUUCAAGUUCGUCAAAUAUAGUCUGUCCUGUAAUGUGGAUUCUAUUAAUCGGGAGACCUCGGCAAAUAGUUUUGUUCAAAUACAAACAUCUAUGAUGAAAUUUGUCGUACAAGUGUGUAUGAAUGUAUCAGUUGAUUAUUAAAGAACCUACUUAAAAAACAUUUUCAGAAAUAUUUUGUACUUAUAGACACCAAUUUUUAAGAAGCCGUUUAAAAUGCGUUAUAUAUGAUGAAUAUUUGAGUAAAUAUAUCGCGAUUAUUAAAACCAUUAGUGUCGAAAAACGAAUAUGUUAACAUCCGCAACAAAAAAUAUGUUAACCCGACAUUCUUAGUUUAACAUUCGUAACAAACACCAUAUUUUAAUUAAAUGUGUAAGUUUAUUACAUACACUUUAAAUGAGCGUAUAAACAUCUCUGUAACUUAAACUAUAGUGGCUAAUUUCUGGAACAUAAGAUGGGAAUUUAUGGGCUAUGCUCCUUGAUCAGGUACAAGUUCAGUUCCCGGCUGUUAUGAAUCAGGCUGAAGCCGUUCCUGGCCCUUUAAACAUGAAUAUGCUUUGUGCGCAACUUUAAUUUUACAUUAGUUUUAAACCUUAUUUUCCAUAUUCCUAUUUGAACUAAAUUGUUAUUCCCUCUGUUUAAAGAAAAACCAUUGCUGAAAAGGAAAUUUAGUUAGGAAUAGUAAAUAACUUAGAUAAUUUCUGUGGAGUUUUUUUUUGCAACGGUUAUAUAUUUAAGAUUUACGGUUUUCAUGAACUAGCAAAAGAGUUCCUGGUCCAUGCAUCGGUAGCAUUGAUGUCGCAAUUCCCACGUGUAAUCGCAUUUGUGCAUGUAUUAACGAAUUUGGUUUUGCUUUAAAAAUGUCAGUGUUUUUUACUAUGGUUAUAUUUUGUUAUGAUGAAAAAUCUUUUUAGAAUAGUUACAACAUUUUUAUCAAAAUGGAAGUGUUUUGUGUUAAAAAUGUAUAUAAAGAAUAAUAUUGGGUUUUUGCAGUCAAUCGUGUGCAUAGUGUGGUAUACAAACAUAUUUCGUGGUUAAGGUUAUUAAAAGAGUCCAUCAAAUGAAAAAAAUCUUUUUUUUGUGAAAAUUUGUUGUUUUGGUUCAAUGGGUAGUUUCUGUUUGUGUUCAUAGCUAAUUACUGACUGAUAUUUUGUUUAUUUGUGUUUAAAUAUUAAUAUUUUCUUCUAUAAUAUAAUUAUAUUCUAUGCUAA